CUUGGGACAGAUGCGUAACGGACGACAAUAAUGGUGUGCUAAUCGGUAUCUACGACUCUAUUUUCUAGAACCUCGAACAACAAAGAGAUUGCGCCCGUUUAUUUUUUUAUUUAUUCAUUUAUUUUUUUUUUCCCUUCGUGGUUCUAUGACCAAAGAAACUUCCACAGUAUAUCUACUCACUUUUCAUGAGUAAGUAAACCCCAAGUUCCGACCCCAUCCAAUAAGCAUAGUGAGAAUAUACUGUUCUGACCAGAUAUGCUAGAGAGCACCUCGAGUGUGAUUCCUUCAGUCUGUCCCCUUGAUUCUAAGGCACGUGGGGCUAAGAGAUCCCACCCUAAUCGCCGAUCAGAUAUUAAUGUACCUGGCUCUACCCAGACAUCUGACAUUCUCAAUCGGACAGAAUGAACUGGAUUCUCAAGCAGAAGAAGAAAGAGCAUGUGCUCUUCACACUCCCGUUGCCUGAGCCGCCAGAGCUGUUGAACCGACUGAGAGAGAAAUUCCCGGAUAUCGAUUUCGAGUAUAUUCAAUUCGGGACAUUAGAGACGUUUCGGAAUCCGCCGACGAUACCUAGAGAAACAAUCGCAGGCAAAACCGUCCUCGUAACUGCAGGAGCAUUACCAGCUACAGCGGCAGAUUGUCCUGACCUGGAACUGAUCCAUUUCAUAUCCGCUGGAAUCAACCAUAUUCAAAAACACCCGAUAUACACGAAUAGCGAUAUCCCACUCGCAACAGUGAGUGGGAUCCACGGGCCGCCGAUCGCGGAAUGGGUGCUCAUGACGACGUUGUUAAGAAAUCGGGAGUAUGAGCGAUUAUACGAGGCGCAGAAAGAGCAUCGGUGGAUAGAAUAUCCGGAACAAAGACCCAGGGAUAUGGUUGGGCAGAGGAUAGGGAUUCUGGGAUAUGGAAGUAUUGGACGGCAAGUCGCCAAUGUCUCUCGCGCCAUGGGCAUGGAAGUCCUCGCCUACACGGCGACACCGAAAUCAACACCUGAAUCCCGCAAAGACCACGGCUUCGUCGUCCCCGGCACAGGCGACGCCGAUGGCACAAUCCCAUCCCAAUGGUUCAGCGGCACCGACAAAGCUGACCUACACAACUUCCUCUCUCAGGAUCUGGAUAUCCUUCUGAUCUCCGUGCCACUCACACCUCAAACACACCAUCUCAUCAGCAAGGCUGAAUUCGAAGUGCUCGCGAAACGACGCACCUUCGUAAGCAACGUCGCGCGUGGUCCGGUCAUCGACCAGCCUGCUCUCGUGGACGCGCUCAAGAAGGGGAAUAUUCGAGGCGCGGCUGUCGAUGUAACGGACCCAGAGCCUUUACCGGCAGAUGAUCCGUUGUGGGAUGCUCCGAAUGUGGUGAUUACGCCGCAUGUGAGUGCGCUGAGUGCGCAGACGCUAGAAAGAAUAUUUCAGGUCAUAGAGGCGAAUCUAGAAAGGAAGGAGAAGGGGGAGAGAUUGAUCAAUAUCGUGAAUAGGAAGAGGGGAUAUUAAUCUACCUAGAGCUGAUCUUAGGAUGAUGUGUUCUCUCUUGUUAGAAGGGUCACGAGGAGAAUUAUUGUUUCGGGACGUCGUUAUUAUUGUCUCGGGGACCUCCGAUGAAUACAUUAGCCUGCAAUGGACCCAUUAUCGCGUAUCAAGAGACACAAUCAUCAUACCGAUGACUAAAAUUUACG